AUGAAAAUGUUUUGUCAAUUAACCGAGAAGCUUCAAAAACAAUUCCAACUCCCAAAAUUACCAAAGAAACCUCCAGAAGAAAAUAGCUUACCUUUUAUUAUCGGAUCAAAUGUAUCGAUAAAAAACUACAAUAAAUUUCUUGAAAGCUACGAGUCAUCCGGUUACAAGUUUGAGUAUAAGAACGGUGACGUUUUUAUCGUAGAAAUGUGUACAGCUGAACACGAAUUUGUCAUUACACUGUUGCUGGAUUAUUUUAAAAUCCCAAAUGGUGGCGUUAUCAUUAAUCCACCUAUACGCGUUUGUGGCCAACCAUACCAUCCUUCACCAAAUGCAGAUGGACUUAUUAUUGCACCGGAUGUAGCAGUAUAUCCGAGUCGAACAUAUAUUCCACGUCCCAAUUCUGGACCUACCUAUCUCGGACCUCCUCCAAGUGACACUAGGGGGAAUCCUCAUGCUAGGAUAAUUUGUGAGGUUGCAAUUAGUCAAAGUGUUCGUGGAUGGAAGGACAAGUGUACACUUUGGAUGCUUCAGCAAUACGCUAAGUUGUGGAGACGGGGAAUGCAGACCCAAACGUGGUCUUUUGGGACUGUAGAAAAAGGCAAUAAUAUCCCUACAGAGUGUAACGCUCCGGGUAAUCCAGCAUAUCAGAUCAAUAUCCCAAUAAGUGAUACUUUUUGGGAUCCACCAAUCCCAACCAUUGGAUAUGUUCCGUUGGUUGCUCGUCCUGCAAUUAUUGGUGGUAAUUUUAUUAUUGAUCUCUAUGAAAUUCAGCAAGUAGUAUUAGAAUAUCAAAAUGAAUAA